AUGUCAGAAAUCGAAGCACCCAGCCGUCCACCACCAGAUCUUGCUAGACUCCAUCAGACUAGCUCGCCAACUGUGCCAACCAAGCUAACUAGCGACGACACCUCACAGAAUCAAUCCUCCAAGACUCCUGGGGUUCUGCGUCGCCAGCUUCAUGAACAGGGCUACAUCCACAUCCCGAAAUUACUACCACCUCAUCUCCUCCUAGCAGCCCAAGCAACGUCCAAAUAUCUCGUGUCUAGGACACGGACAGGUACUUUCUGGCCGUAUGUGCGAACUGUGCCGAAACAAUAUCCACCCUGGCCUGAACUGAAUCUCAAAGCGCCCAACCCUGAUCUGAAUAUAUGGGGCGUGCAGCAUUUAUUACAUCCAAACUUGACGAGUUUGCGAGAUGUGUAUGCCGAGAUCUAUUUUAGUGAGGAGGUCAUAGGUGUGGUUAGGGAAUUGCUUGGAGAGCCUGACGAUACUACUACAGAGAGUAGUGGCCAAGACAGGGCAGCGGUUAGCGAUGAAGAUCUGGUGAUGGAGUUGUUUAAUCUAUUGUGCUCACCGACCAAGAGUCACGACUUCGAAUUAGCUUGGCACAGAGAUGAUGUACGGCCUGACGUAUCGCCAGAUAUAGAGGAACACGAGCUGAGGACGAAAACGCCUGGCGGAAGACAAUUGCACGCUCAGUACAAUAUUGCGCUAUUUGACGACGAGAGUUUGAUAGUAAUAUCUGGCUCACACAGGCGAGUUCGUACACAGCAAGAGAGGGAUGCAACACCUUACCAAACAGGUCUCGAAAGCGAGAUCGUGGUGAAGCUACAACCUGGUGAUGCUGUAUUUUACGAUUCAAAUAUCCUGCAUCGAGGUGUAUACAAGGGCAUUGAUGAGAAGAACGAGUUGGGCCGGAUGACGUUACACGGAAGUGUUGGAUUGAAGGGCUAUGGUAACGAAAGGAGUAGGCAGGUUUUGCAGCAUGGUGUAGGGACAUGGAUUGAGAAAGAGGAAGCGAAGUUUAGCAACGUUCAAGACGAGGGAAAGAAGAGGAGGGCAGAGACUAUGCGGCAGGCUCUUGUAGACAUGGGUAGGGGCAGGGAUGAUGUUGGAUACUCACUGGAAGGAUGA